CGCCGUGUCUCAGUAGCUGCUGAUGCUAAAGAUAAAGGUCUCAGUGUCUCUCAGUUUCCAGCAUCUUCACCAAAUCAUCUCUUUCAUGUGAAGUUAAUGGAUUCGCCAGAGAAACGGUUUCAGUCUUUAAUGAACUCUUCUGUUCCUGCCAUGACAUCACACCUCGCUGCGGCCAAUCAGGACACAGAGAUCCACCUCAAAACUCAGAACCCUCUUCAGGGUCUGGUUAUAAGACCAGAGCGUCUUCAUCAUCGCCAUCAUCUUCAUCAUCUCCAUCAUCAUCGUCACUGCGUUGGGCUGCUCUGUCCUUUCUGAUGGGAUUGGGGGAAGGAGAAAUGUCGUCUCGUAAAGAUCAUGAGUCCAGCGCUGUGCUGAGAGUUUCCCGUCUGCCUCUGGUCCGCUCGGCCUUACAGUCCGUGACCGUGGCGUACUCCGAGGUCAAAGGUCGCUACCCUCUGCUGGGUCUGAUGGGGGGAGUGGCCGAGGUGGGCGUUCGCAGGGUCACCCAUCAGGCCAUGAGACGGGCCACGCCCCUGCUCCAGAGCCUGGAGCCCCAGAUCGAAGUCGCCAACAGUUUCGCUCUGGUUGGUCUCAACCGUCUGGAGAGAAACUUCCCCAUCCUGAACCAGUCGACGGACGAGGUGAUCAGUCACCUGAGAGACGCCUUCUUCCUGACGCUGGACGACGUCCAGCUGUGGGUGGUGGACGGUCUGGACGGGGCUCUGGACCAGCUGGAGCGUUUGGCCGACGCCGCCCGUCUGGCCCUGAGGCAGCUGCAGGAGACCCAGGUGGGCCGAGCGGCCUCGUCGGGUCUGGACGACGUCCUGAGUCGACUGGAGGAGGCCACCGCCUACUACCUGCCUCUGCCCCCCACCCUGCGUCGGGAGUGGGAGGCCAGGGUUCAGGAGUACGAGGACGAAGACGAGGACGACGAGCCCGGCCUCUGGACCCGGGUUCGCAGCCUCCUGUUGACCCUCAACCUGCAGCUGUACCACCGCAUGGCGAAGGUCAGGGAGCAGCUGCAGAGAUCCGUCCGGACGCUGGGAGACGCCGCUGACAAGGCUGGGCUGAGUAAGGUCCUGGAUCUGGCUGAUGAGCUGCUGCACUUCCUGCAAAGCCUCCUGGUGGCGCUGGUGUACCGUGCAGAGAGUCUGAGGGAGGACACCCUGGGUGGGGUCAGAGAUCGCGCUGCCACUUUGGUCGAGUUGACUCCACUUCGCCAGAUCCGAGAGCUGCCGGUCCAGAUCCAACAGAUGCUCCGAGACCUGCAGGAACUCUCCAAGAUCCUCCUGCAGCUGGUGGUCAACUCCACUCCCCUCUACAGCAUGCUGCAGCAGUCGUCUCCUCAGGAGGUCGAGGACUUCCUGAACCAGGAGCACUUAGUGUCCGACAGCUCGUCUCGUCGUAACUCCGCUAACAGCCUCUUCCUGAAGGCGAUGGACGGUCGUCCUCGCCGCCGGCGGAGUCUGCAUGCCCGAGCCGGCCGAGGCUUUGGAAGCCCCCAGAGCCCCGACCCCCCCAAUGGACGCCGCUCCAGCCUGGAGAUGGAGGGCCUGUCUGUCCCUUCCGAAGGCGCCUUCCACCGACGGCCUUCCGCCACCGACCUCCUGCUGGCACCUCUCAAACAGUUCGUGUCCCAGAGCCAGAAGGCCUUCGAGUACCUGAGCCCCAACUCCUCCGACAACGCCGCCAUCACCGCAGAGGAGGACGACUUCUGAACGCCACACUCAGGCUCAACCCUGCCCUCAUGCCCCGCCAGUCAGGCGCCCUGACCCCGCCACCCCCUGACCAGUCACAGCCUCUAGACUCAGACCCCGACGACCAGACAUCUUUGCCUCAGCUGCUGCUGGUUUGUGCGUUUACGCUCAGCUGCAGAGCCGUCAGCAAAUUAUCCCUCAGUCAGUGACUCUGGAAUUCUGCUUCUGUGAAGAUGCACAUGAAAAGGAUUUUAUGUUUCCAGUCCCAGAACUUUGGGAGCAUCUUUAUAGAAAACUGGAGCGAGAGAUUUAACCCUCAUACCUGAUUUCAAAAUAGUUGUUACCACUAAGGGAGAAAAGUGUCUCUUUCUCAACGCACUAAAAAUAGCAUGUUUGUAUUUUUUACUUUUUUGUUGCAUACAUUUUUAAUCCACUUAAACACUAAUCAUUAAUACCAAAAUAUUGAUUAAUUUCUGACUUUUAAAUCUUAAAAUGCCAGUGUUUCUGAUUGCAUCAAAUUUUUAAAGUUUUUCUUUUUUCUUUUUUUAAAUGCAAUGUAGAUUUUUCCUGGAGGGAUAAUUAGUCUUGGACAUGUCAGUGAUUAGUAACAACAUUUUGAUUUUGAUGGAUUUUUUUUUUCUUAAUCAACAUUUUGGAAAGAGCAGAAAUAAUAUUAAUGUGCUAUUUUUAGGACGUUUUUGAAAAGAACCCUUUUGUCCUUUAAUGGUAACACACCUUUGCCAAAUAUGAUUUAUUACUCUCUAAUAAAUCUAAAUUAAAUGAACUUAUUGAAAAGGUUUGACCCAAUCCAAACUCCCAGGUUCCUAAUAUCUGUUUAACUUGAGACAUGAUUCAUUUAACUCCGCUAUUAUUCAUCUAUCUGCUUUAGUUGGAAGCUUAAAGGCAGGUUUUAUUUUUAGUUCAUGCAUGUACAUAGAUCUUUGCAUCAUCUGCAUAUCGCUGUAUCUGAACCUCAUUACAACACAGAUGAAAAAAAAAAUAAAUGUGCCAAGUACAAAUUCUUGUGGGAUUCCUGCCAGAGAUCAGAAGAAUCCUCGGAUUGGUUUAUCAAACUUUUACACUAUAAAACCUGAAAUGACUCGUCUAUUAUUAACUUGUGUUAUUAACAUGAAUAGAAAUGCUUUAAGUUAAAAAUUUCCCUGUUUUAAUAACAGAACUGACUGGAAAGUCUCAACUACUGCUACUGACUAAACUGUUCUGUUCACAUCUGGGGGUUCUUAGAGGAUAAAAAAUAUUUACUGGUUUAAAACCUCUCCUGUUCUAUUUUCAGAUAAUUUUUGCUUAUUUAAAGUGGUAUAUCGCUUAUUUUAAAACCUUUUUCCUUGAUCCUGUUUUUUUGUUUUGUUUUGUUUGUUUGUUUGUUUUUGUUUUUUUUUUGUUUUUAAGCAAAAUUUUUGCAGCGUAGAAGACUCAAGACUGAAGAUGUUAUUUCAGGGGGUUCAAGGGUUUACUUCAUUAAAAAGACAACAGGUGAGACUCUGCAGGUGAAAGGUGGCUGUCUUCAACAAGGCCUUUUAUCCACAUCUUCUCAGGUGUGUCUGAUUCAGGUAAUUAAGAACAAGCCCAGCCACUAGAAGGCCUGAGGAGCAGAGGGAUGUACCCAAUGUAUGAAAAACAUUUAAUUCCAGCAACAAAUCCCUAAAUACAUCCACAGGAAUUAAACUACAGUAUUUAAACCUGGCAGAAUAAUCAGAUGAAAGAGAAAUAGAUGAGUUUUAUUGUUGGUUUAAAGAAUGUUAAAGGUUAUAGAUGAAAGUACAGCAGCUGAGUUUAAAUGUCUGAGUAACUGUAGCUGAAGUAGGAAGUGAGUGUUCUUCUUGUGACUAAUAUAUGAGAUGACUCCGUAUUUCUAAAAGCAUCUGACUAAAUGUUUAAUGUCUAUGUUUAAAUAAAGUUUCUUAAAAGCC